GGGGGGGGUCGUUAAUUGGAGGCAGCGCGCGCUCUGCUCCGCGCGCAUUAAUUGGGGGGUGCGUGCGUUGCUGCGCGCACGUGGACGCGAGGAGCGAGGUAAGAGGCGUCUCUGCGAACGCAAGUGCACAAACACAAGACGACGCGAGCACGAUCCACACAAAACAAUUGCACGAAGCUGCCUCUUGAGUGUUCGAGCGCGCGCGCCACACACACAUACACACACGCGCAAAACACUCCACGCAGAAACACGCCACGCGUAAAACACACCACAUACGCGACAGACACAGACACACAUACCAGGCCACACAAAACACGCGGGAGAAACCGGUCUGGGAUAUAUAUUUCUUGUUGUUGUAUUGUUUUCCCGCACUUUUACAUCCAAACAACCCUUGGCGGUGACGUCACUGGAGCGCUCUUGACCGUGACUUUUUUUCCCCUUUUUUUCGUCCCCCUGAGGUGUUCUCGUCGCUGUUUUUUUUCUCUCGUUCUUUUUGCCAGCUGCUAACCUUUUUGUUGUUGUUUGUUGUUAUUGUAACAUACAUAUAUAAGAGAAAAAAAACCGCGUACGUACGUCGGGGCGUGAGGGGUAGAAAGCCUCGCCGAGGCGGGAUGUCGCGGUUGUUGUCGGUGGUGGUUGUUGUUGCGCGCUUAAAGAUUACAAAGCGCAACUUAAUAAGAGACGGGCGUUCUAACGACAGUCGAGUGGUAGCAGCAGCUUCAGCAGCAGUCUUGUGUGUUAACGUAAUGUAAAAAUGUAAAAGCGCAGCACUGCAAAUGCCGCGCUCACGCCGCUGCUGUCAGAAGGCGCCGCUCUGCAGAGUACCGUAUUUGGCCUACUCUUCGACGCUGAUCAAGAGACGUCUUUAGCAAGAGGUUGAUUGACGCCAAGCGACGAUGGAGCUGGCAGCACUGACGGUGCCCGUGCACUUGCGACGUUGGAGCUGAGGAGGGGGAGGGCGCUUGUGCAGGGUGGUGGCGGCAGCGGUGGUGGCGGCGACCCCGUCUCCUCGUGACCUCUUUCGACCCCCCGGCAAACCGAGAACCCGACACACAUCUCAUUCUACCGAUCCUCCUCACCGCCACCUCCCAACGACCGGACCUCUGGACCCCCCCUGGCGGCCACUCACCUUUGUACCGUGGCGCUCGACCGGUGAGAGAGAGUUUGAGGGAUGGCGACGCUUUGCUCGGAGCCGAAACGGCGGGCGGUGUCGUCAAGCAUUGCUGUCCCUCAUGUAAGGAAGAAGUCGGGUGAAGCGGAUAUGAACGAGGUGAUGGCUGCGAUGGUGCUCAGCAGUCUGUCGACCAGCCCUCUCGUGCGGAGCCCUCCCGGCCUCUCUGGGCCUCCUGGCCUUUCCGCAGACGCCCAGUCGUGGCACAAUGCGGCUGUGUCGGCGGGCAUGGCCGCCGUCUGCGGCGCCGACCUCGCCGCCAGCUUCGGAAGCAGCAGCGGCAUCUGGAGCUGGGAUCUCCCCAGCGAUCGGUCCAACCCCUCCACGCCCUCGCCCCCCCUUCCCGGGGACCCCAUCCCGCUAAGUGGCGCCCCCCUCGGCAACGCAGUCACCUUUGCCGCCGCUGCUCCUCCGCAGAGCACCGCUCCGUUCACCGCGGCCGCCGCCGGUGCAUUCGCAGCCGCCCCCUUCCCCGUCCGCCACGGCGUCGCCACCGAACUGGCCCGGAAGGACCUGGACUUUUCCCGCGGCGACGUCGGUGUGGAGGGCCGCAAGGAAAAUGCCGCCGCUGCAGUUGCCGCCGCCAAUGCGGCUGAAUUGCAGAGUGGCGCCAACCCAAACCUUGACGCCGCCAACCCUGCCCACAAAAAGAAGCCCUCCGGCAGCGUUGGCGGUGGCAUCGGCUGUGGUGGUGGUGGCAGUGGAGUGAAACCGGGCUUCAAGCUCGGCUCUUUGUCCAUUCCCACCACCACCGAAGUCCCCGGUCCCUUCGACUUUGACUGCCUAUCAUCAUCUCUGUCGUCCGCUUCUCCACCGUCGCCGCAGUCCCCGCCGGCACCGGCACCACCGGACGGCGUGUGCCUAAAGCGCGCGGCCCUUUCCCACGUCUACUCGUCGCAGCUGGCGCAGCUGAUGGUGCAGCCGGAGGGCGGCGGAGGCGGGCGCGGGCACGGCGCCGCUAUCGGCGAGGCUGCUCGUCCCGGUCGCCAUGAAGGCGUCGCGGUGGGGGGGAACUGCGUCGGCAAACUGGCGCAGGAGGCCAACCGCGGCGGUACAACGCCGCCCGCUCCCGUGAGCGCGCACCACCCGGCCCUCCCGUCCUCGAAGCCCAUGAGCGUCCCCGCGAGACGCGGGGUGGCGCGGGGACCGGCUCCUGAUGGGCCCGACGGAGCCGGGGCCGCCGGUGCCGCCGUGGCGUUUUCGGACGACGGGCACGACGGACACGCGGCUCAGAGCGAGCUGCUGUUCGAGGAGCCGUCACCGCGCAAGCGCAAGAACUCAAUGAAGGUGAUGUUCAAGUGCAUGUGGCCAAACUGUGAAAAGGUCCUGAGCACCUCGUCUGGGAUACAACGACACAUCCGCACCAUCCACUUGGGCCGUAACGGUGACUCGGAUCUCAGCGACGGUGAGGAGGACUUCUACUACACGGAGGUGGAGGUGAGCGUGGAGUCCGUGACCGACGGCCUCAGCAGCCUGUCGGCCGUGUCGCCGACCGUGUGCCACCUGCCCUCGGCGGUGGCGCCACCUCACCCACACCACCACAGCAACAACAACCACCACAACAACAACCACCCGCACCACCUGCAGCAACUGCAGCAGCAGCAGCAUCAGCAGCAUCAGCAGCAGCUGCAGCACCGCGGAGAUGGCCGUGGCGUCCUGCCGCUGAGCCAUUCGGCGCCAACAGCAGCCGCAUUCUGGCACGUGCGUGCCGAUCACGCGUACCAGGCAACGCCCCCCUUGUCGGUCCCAGUGGGCGAAUCUGGUCGCGGUGUUGGCAUGAGUCUCGGCAGCGUCUCCUGGCAGAGUCCUCCCUUCAGCUCACCCGUACAGGUAUCGCCGACGCGCCCGCGCGUGGCUACGGUUGCCGAGCACCGCCUGCAACAUCACCACCACCACCACCACGCGCACCACCCCCAUCACCCACAUCACCCCCAUCACCCACAUCACCCACAUCACGCCGCCUCGCCCAAGGCCCACGUUCUACUCUCCUGCUCGCCCAAGUCUGGGCCUGGUGUCAGGAAGAUCCGCGGGGAGGGGAAGAAGUGUCGCAAGGUGUACGGCAUGGAAAACAAGGACAUGUGGUGCACUGCCUGCCGUUGGAAGAAAGCCUGCCAGCGCUUCCUCGACUGAAAUCUCACCUCCACAGCCCAGCCUAGCGCAGCCCGGCCCAGCCUAGCCUAGCCUAGCCCAGCCUAGCACCAUCUGUCUCUUCGUCCCCACUUCUACAGAGAUUCCCUGACCCCCCCCCCCCCCACCGUCUGCUAUGGUGGUUUGGCCCAUCACCCGUCAAGUGACUGGGGUCCCAUCUCUGUGAAUCGUCUGGAACUUCCGAAUCGUCCUUCGUCAGUUUGCUCCGUCGUUUGGUGAUGGAGGUGGUUGUUGGUGAUGGUGGUGGUGAUAGUGGUCAAGACACGGGCACGGUUUUUCCGCAAAGAUGUUGGGUGAAGAGGGAAGGUAUUAAGAUCCGGCUGCGUGAGUGAAGUGGGGUUCCACACAGCUCGCGAGGACGAAGGUUGACAUCGGGGGGGGGGGGGCACCUUCAUUAACUCUGCGUGAAUCUCGAUGGUGGAAACCCUCCCAACGAUGCAAACCGUCGGGAACGAUCCACGCUCAAUUUAUUUUUUUCCCCCUUUUUAUCUGCGACCGGCAGAAUCGUAGAGGAACGGAUGUGUCCCACGUGGGUAAUGUGGAGCUGCGGAGCGUGGUUUUUUUCUGCCACGGUGGAAGGUGGCCCUCUGGCUCGUGUACACCUCGCACGAGCCGCCUGCGGUGGCAUGAAAACCACUUGGAGGGAUGGGGGGUGGGAGACAUCGAAUUUUGCAGAUUGCCACGUGAUAAUGGGAGUUUCCAUGUUCCUUAUUCCAGCCUAUGACUCGGACUAGUUCUUGAUGAAGAUUCAAAAAUAAUCGGCAAGAUCCUUGCGCGACAUUGACGGUGAGGGAGCAAAUUUCUGUUUGAACAAAAAAAAAUACGAACCCCGAGUUUUAUUUCGGAAACUGCAACGUCGCACGCUUAGCGCUGUUUUAGACGCGAGAGGAAGUCGCAAUUUGUGCAGGCAAACAAAUGCGACCCAAAGCAUUGCGCGACCACUCUCUCCGUUUUACCUUCCAUACAGAGAAGUGUACGCAUUCAGAACACGAUAAAAAUAUGAUAAACACUCUGUGGGAUAAGUAUUAUAGGACGUUACGAUCACAAUACAACUCUGAUUUAUAAAGUAAGCUCUGCGAUUCAUAUUCCUGCAGCUGACUAGGUAGGAACAGCCUCAGAACACGAAGACCCCUGUUGGUGGGGGAAGGCUUCCAUUUGUACUCGUGACAGAACAAAUAUUAUCACAUGAGACUUGUGCUGUACCCUUCAAACUUGUAAUCAAGAGUUCAGCUCACUCCAGAAGUCGUUAGAGCCCUAAACUGUUUUGAAUCCGAUCGUAGCAGCUUGUCCUUAAUACGGCCAAAAUCUUCCCUCUCUAGAGAGCAUUAUUUGACUCGCUUUUAAGACUUUUAAUGAUCCAUUCAUAAGAAAGUAAAGCCUGCUCCAGUGCACACAACUGCUCCUUUCCUCACUGAAAUUAGACAACGGGAAAGCAUUGGACUAGGUAGGAAAUAAAAAUUUUAUUGGCCCCGUCAUUCAAAUUCUCACGAACUGAAAUGGGAAAAAAAAAUCUACACUUUUUUUUCGUUUUUUUAAACAUGGAACAUUGACACAAAAGUUACGUGCAGAAUGACCAAAAUGCACGUUGAAAGGGAAGUCUGACAAGGUGGAACAGUAUUAGCACAGGUUUUGGCACAAACAAAAAUAGCUGCCGGAGAUGAAGAUCCAGCGAUCAAGACGUCAUCGUGGCCAAAGCCGUCGAUAGCCGCCGCCGCCACCACCACCACCUUUGCCAACACGCCUCACUACCAACAACCCUUUCACCCUGUCAUAGAUAGGUCCGCUUGCUGCGCAGGAGAGACGCGCAACCUCGAUCUCUCAGAUAUGCCCGAACCAGUAUCCCCCACUAUCUGCUCUUGCGGUCUUCUCCUGGAUCGCCGGACUUUGCGGAGACCACUUCCCAAUUUUCCCCGACAAAGCUUGUCAAUUCAAUCAAGAGGUUGUCUCGGUACGGCUCAAUUAGCACCAUGGGGCCAUGGCAGUGAACCCUGAUGUGGGCCCUAGGCGCCUCCCCCUCAUCACGACCAUGCCCCCCACCACCUCUCGGCCUCCCAGAGUCCCUGGGGCCCUACUGCAAAAUUUCCUCGGUGCGGUGACGUAACAACGAAUACCGGCCCUUCACUGCAGUCGCCUGCAUCUUCUGUCCAUGCCGCUACGUCUGUAGAACCAGCAGCUAAAUAAUUUAGAGAUGUGUAACUUUCACGGUUUACGUUCCACUCUCUCGGAGAGAGGGAGAGAGAGAUGGAAUGAUUCUGAGUCGCGGGGAUAUUUACACAAAAGCAGCAGGGAAAGAGGCAGCCAACAAAGAAACCGGCGCCAACAAUCGUCCCAAGCUCUGUAUUGCUAUAUACUGGGACGAUUGGCAAAAUUCCAUUCGUGAGUGCGCUUAAAGGGCACCACCGGCUGCUCGGGAAAACUUCACAACCAAAUCUCGGCAGUUUGGGGGGAGUGGGAGCUUGGGACACUGGAGUCGUAGGGAUAUAAUUUGGGUUUUUAUUUGUGUCAAGACUAGAGAGGGGGAGGGGGGAGAAGAUCAAACAAAAACUCAUGUUAAACGUGGAGAGAAAAAAAUCUUCCCCCACCACAAACCCACGAGACAAAAAAAUAAUUGACUGGAACUGUGCGUUUUGAGGAGUGUGCUGGAGAUUGGGGAUAUUGGCGUGGAGAGUCCAGUCGACGUGGUGACUCAGCAGGGGAAGUGUAGACAGAGCAAAGUAGAAUAACUUUGGGGGUGGCAGCGAGCGACGCAUUGGUUGCAGCAAGAGCGGGGGCUAAAAGCGUCCCAAGGGGUCACGAAGACCCAGGGGAUUGAAGGAGAAGAAGACGAUGAUGGUGAUCCUGUUGAUGGGACGUGCGCGAUGGGGGGGACGUUAAUGUGCCGGACGUGGGGUCGCUGGGGUUGCCACCUUUGAGCUACAAAAAGAAACCAGAGACAUUUCAUGGGAAGAAGAACAACAACAAUUUCACCCAAUACUGGAAGAGUGGAGAACUACAUGUAAACGCAUUGUCUCGAGUGGUAUCUUAUUAACGCAACCGACAAAAGGGCAGGACUUUGUUUAUUAACGUCUGUUCCUCGGAGGGAAAGAUUUUACAGAUUGCCACAGUAACGGCUGGCUACCUUAAAACAAAAUGGACAAUCCUGGGAAAUCUGGGACGUGUCGCAACCCCGUGGAGCCACGAGUUACACAGCUUGCCCGCCGUGGCGUGGGCCUCGAGAGUUGCACCACGUGCUUGCUGUCACGUGUCUCCUCUCACACGCCGUGAGUUUUACUCUCUCUGCCAAUCUCCUUUUUAUGCUCCUUCGAUGUUGUGCUCUACUCUUCUCCCGGGCCCUCAAGGCUUCGUGAUGGAUUUGGGGCUAAGGUUUGAGAGGUGCUUUAAGAACAAACGACACGCUGCACUUAAAUAAAAAAUAAUAGGGCAACUCAUUUGUAUAAAAUACUACAGCGGUUUAAAAUUAUAAAAAAAACUGGUUUCAGCGAGACCAUUUACAUGUUUGGGUACUCGCUUGUUGGUGCACAAUAGUGGUGUCUAUCGCAGCCGGUAAAAUGUUAAGGUAAAAAAAAGCAUACACGUUAACGAGUAAGCAUACAGUUACUUUCGUUAGGAUGUUUUUUUUGUUAUCUAUUUACAAAGUGUUGAGUGAGUAGGGUGCUAUAUUUAAUUACUUUUGCUAGCUGCCACACAAGGGCUGAGUUUAGGAGGUUUAAAGCAGGGCACCCACCGCCAUCCACUUUUUUGCUGGGGAGGAGAUGAUGAUGAUGAUGAUUGUUGAGACGUGAAUGUCCGGAGACGUGGCCAGUAAACUUUACCCGUGCAAUGAGAGCAAGUCGCGGGAGAAUGGUUGGUGGUCGCUACUUUUGCGCAUUGAGCAAGGGCCGGAUUUAUGGUGGAGGGAUGAACGGGCACAAAUUAACCAGGGGCUCUUAAGCAGCGUAUAAAUAUAAUGAUAAAUAAACUCACAAACAGCGAGUAUUCUUCCGCCCCCCACCCCACCCCAGUCUCUGCCAAUCUCUUUGCUCCAAUCAGAUGCGGUUUCCUUAGAUAAUGGGGGUACCUUCCACCCUUGACUGCCUUGUGGGGGGGGGGGGGGCAAGGCUUUGUGAUAUCGUCCUCUUGAUACGACUGAUUAUAGGGAACGCCGCCCCGUGGUGCGUAUCGGUUGGCAUGCUGGAUUUGCAAUCCAGAGGUCGCCGGUUAUGUUAAAUCUCGCGGCCACGGAAUUGGAAGCAGUGCGGAUUUUUUUUUUAAAUAUAAAAAUCUGCUCUCUCCCGCCCCACACCCCUACACCAUCCUC